AUCGUCCGUCUGUCGGCCAUGUUGACUGAGCCGAGAGCACUGUCUCUCGAGAGUCAAAACAAGUCGGUCUGUGCUCCUGAUCGGAUCUCGUUCCUGAAAUCGCAUUCGACAAUCGUGAUAAAAGCAUCUCGGCACCCGGCUGAGGAUGGAUUUGGAUUUCGUGGCCGUCGUCCUUUUGCCCAACCAGUAACAAAAUGCUCUGCUUCGUCGUUCUGCCAAGCGGGAUCGUUUACGACGUAUGCGUAGGUCAAAAGUCCAAGGGGCAGCAGCUGCUCGAAAAGAUAUGUGAAUUACUUGGGUUGUCCACCGAGCUGGAUUACUUCGGUCUCAAGUAUGUCAAAGGUGAGGAGGAGUUAUGGCUCAAUCUCAGAAACGGGAUCGAGAAGAAUUUGGGAGAAGUGGCCAAGUUUUAUUUAAGGGUCAAAUUCUGGACGGCGCCACAUCUCGUCCUCCUUGAGUCCACUAGGCAUCUGAUGUAUACACAGAUCAUAAAUGAGCUCAAAUCGAAGAAACUCAAGCCGAACGGGGACGAAUCUAAAAAGCGUAUUUUUUCACUCAUCUGUAACUCGGAAAGUCAAGACUGUUCCUGGUCUGUUGAAAAGCUCAGAUUCUGGGCAAAGCUUUUUGACCAGGAUCCCAAAUUUGAACCUGAGACUCCACCACGUAAGAAGGCAGUAGAAGAAUACUGGGUUUUAAAGGAAGUAUCAAAAUUUGAAAAUUAUGGUGAGGAGUUGUUUGAUAUAAAGGGCAUGAAAAUAGGUAUUGGUCCACACGGAAUAAGGAUAUAUUCACCAAAGGAAGAGAUGAUUCCUUAUUCUGCUAUUAAGUCUACAUCGUCACUACGAAGGCAUUUUGAACUUCAUUACAUAAAUUCUGACCACAUCGAAGACGUACUUGAGAUCAAAUGUUGUAGCGUAGCUUCCGCCUCGGAGCUGUACAGGUCGUUAACAGAACGACACGAUUUUUACUCUUGUGACACUGUGAGAAGCGCCGUCACCUCCCAGUAUGUGAGGGACCUGAAGGGCACCAUCGCUUCUAUCUUCAAUGAGUCGACUCCUCUCGGUAAGAAGUAUGUGUUCGACAUACAGAAAACGUGCAGAGAAGUACACGACUCUGCAAGAAGGGCGCUGUACACCCCAGUGGAAAACAAGCCCCAGACAAAACAGCAAGACGCUGAAUACAGACUCGCCGGAAUCAUCGAUUCCUUCACUUGCAGAGUGUGCAUGGACAGGCAAAUAGACACGGUCUUCUUUCCCUGUGCUCAUGUGAUCACCUGCCUCGACUGUGCUCCCAGGCUUGAGUUCUGCCCCGUCUGCAGGACUCAAGUCGAAAAAUUCAAUAAGCUCUUCCUGCCACAAAUUCGUGCAUGACGAAUCGUCUGACAUUCCAUUUGACAGAAAUUGUAAUAUAUGUUAAUACAAUAUGAUAGUAUUGUUAUCGAAAGAAGUUGUUUGUUUAUUUUAAUAUAAAAAUUAUUUUUUAAAAGU